UACUUUGUUGAGGGGCCAAUCCGGUGGUAGGCUCACCUCCCCCUCUCUACCCAGAGUCAUUGCUGCGGCCGCCGCCAUUUUAGCGUUUUGUCAGAAGCGUCCGCACCGCGAGGAAGAUCCCUGCUGCUUUCCGUGCGGGCCGUGUCCGAGAUGGUGAAGCUGUUCAUCGGAAAUCUGCCCCGGGAGGCCACAGAGCAGGAGAUCCGCUCACUCUUCGAGCAGUAUGGGAAGGUGCUGGAAUGUGACAUCAUUAAGAACUACGGCUUUGUGCACAUAGAGGACAAGACGGCGGCCGAGGAUGCCAUACGCAACCUGCACCACUACAAACUGCACGGGGUGAACAUCAACGUGGAAGCCAGCAAGAAUAAGAGCAAAACCUCCACAAAGUUGCACGUAGGCAACAUCAGUCCCACCUGUACCAACAAAGAGCUUCGGGCCAAGUUUGAGGAGUACGGUCCAGUCAUCGAGUGUGACAUCGUGAAAGAUUACGCCUUCGUACACAUGGAGCGGGCAGAGGACGCAGUGGAGGCCAUCAGGGGCCUUGACAACACAGAGUUUCAAGGUGGGAUGUGUGUGGGCUGAAAUUCCGAGCUGCGGUUGUGCAUGAGAAUACACCCUUCGUGGUACCCCGUCUCCGGGACGUUCUCGGCUCUGUGCGUUCAGUCCCUCAGGAACCGUGGACCUUAAUUUACCUUGCUAAGUUCAGACCACCUCUUCCUUUCCUCUGUCCUGCCCAUUUUCCUGUUCUUCCUGUCCUGCAGUACUUCUGUAGCUUCCCAUUCAUGUUCUGUUCUCCCAGCAGGCCUCAUUGUGUGCAGAAACUGAUGGGGGUUGUGCUGUCUCCCUGCCUCCUGCUUCCAGUGGGUGUUGUGAGAGUGUCACUGCUCCUGAGUCAUUUGGCCCAAAGGCUUGUGGCGGGUAGAUAUAUAGAGUUGGAUCACCUUUUUCUUUCCGGUGAAAUAAAUGGUUUUUCAACUUA